AAGACGAGGAGAUGGCGCACGAGGACAUGGAAGAGACGCCACAAGCUUCUGCGGAGGAGAACCACCAGAAGAAGGGUGAAGCGGAGGAGUUGCCACAGCCUUCUGUCGAGGAGAACGAUGAUCAGAGAGUCAAGGACGAGAUACUGGACGCGUCUACAGAUGAGAACAAUGUGGAAAAGGGAAAGGAAGAGAUGCCACGAGAUUUUCCCAAGAGGGGAGGUAGGCGUGGCCGUGGACGUGGACGCGGACGCGGGAGGCCGCCCAAGACUCUGGCUGCUGCCGAGGAGAACGGUGUAAUCAAGGGCAUGGAAGAUAUGCCACAGGCUUCUGCUGAGGAGAACGGCACACAAGGGACAACUGAAAAGUCAAGACCCACAAGAAAGCGUAGGAGGGAUCCUGUUGCUGACGUCUCUUCUCUUGAGCCUCGGACCAUGCGAGCUAGGAAGAGGCGGAAUGCUCCGAUGCAAAAAGAUGAAACUAAGAAGGAAAAGGGUACAAAAAAGAACGAUGGAACUUCAAACAUGUGCCAUCAAUGUCAACGAAACGAUAGUGCCAGAACUGUCCGGUGUCAAGGCUGCACAGAUUAUACGAGGAGAUACUGCAUUAAAUGCAUAGCUCAUUGGUAUCCACAUUUAACAGAAAGUGAUUUUGUGAAUAGUUGUCCAUUUUGUCGCAAUAACUGCAACUGCAAGACUUGUCUCCGGGCAGAUAUAAUACAGAAGAUUGACAGAUGGGAUGUAUCAGCCAUAGAUAAAAUUAAAUGCUCACUUCGGAUUGCGCACUAUUUGGUCCCAUGGUUGAAAGACUUGCACCAUGAGCAGAUGGAAGAGAAAAGUGUUGAAGCAACGAUUAAAGGCAUUGAUGUAUGCCAAUUGAAGAUUCCUCAAGCUAACUAUAAAGAAAGUGAGCGAAUAUACUGUAACAACUGCAGCACAUCAAUAGUUGAUUUUCACAGAGGCUGCAAUAAAUGUACCUAUGAUCUCUGCCUCAGCUGCUCCCGAGAGCUUCGUCAUGGACCUAAUCAUGGUGCUCCUGCUGCAAGUGGCACGGUCUUUACACAGCCUGGGAUAGGAGGAAAGGAAGAUUUGCAACAGGGAAGUAGUCAUGAUAACGUUCUAAUUCAAAAACCUUCUGAGGGACAGAAUGAUGUGUUGAUGGAUACUGCAGUUCCUGCUGAGGAUUGUGCUCCUGGUUUGAGAGAAUUGAGGGUAAAUAGUGAUGGAAGCAUACCUUGCCCGCCAAAUGCAUUUGGUGGUUGUGGAGAUUCUGUUCUUGAACUGAAGUCAUUGUUGGAGGAGAAUGUUAUUUCUAACUUACUGGAUAAGGCCAAUUUAGUUAUCAACAGUGAAGGAAUGCUGGAGGUUGGAGGUUCAAAAUGUUCCUGCUUUUCUGACUUUGGUGAGAUGAGCACUUGCACGUCACGGAAAUUGGCUUGUAGAGAGAACUCAAGGGACAACUACAUAUAUUGCCCAAAUGCUAGAGAUGUUAAAAAUGGAGAUUUAGAUCAUUUCCAGGAGCACUGGUUGAAGGGUCAGCCUGUUAUUGUUCGUGACGUGCUUGAGUCAACUUCUAAAUUGAGCUGGGAACCAAUGGUUAUGUGGCGGGCUGUACGAGAAAAGAGAGAACAGGAAGAACCUGAGCGACUUUCUGUUACAGCUCUUGAGUGCUUGUCAUGGUCUGAGGUUGAAGUAAAUACUCACUUAUUUUUUAAUGGAUAUUCCCGUGGAGCUUUUAGUCCAGAGGGUUUUCCCAUGUUACUCAAGCUUAAAGAUUGGCCACAACAUGUCUCAUUUGAGGAGCGACUGCCACGACAUGGUGCUGAGUUCAGGUCUGCUCUGCCAUUUCGUGAAUAUACAGAUCACGAAUCUGGUCCCCUUAAUCUAGCAGUGAAGCUUCCAGAAAAAGUCAUAAAGCCAGACCUUGGUCCAAAAACAUACAUCGCGUACGGUGUUGCCCACGAAUUAGGAAUUGGUGAUUCUGUCACCAAGCUUCAUUGCGACAUGUCUGAUGCGGUCAACAUCCUCACGCAUACUGACGUAUUAAAGCUCAAAUCAAAACGGAUGACAGCGAUUGAGGAAAAGAAAAUGAGUUUGGCCAUAAAGGAAGAUAACAGAAAUCAAGCUUCCAUUUCCAAGGAGAAAGCAGAAGGCAUAGUUAAGGAAAGGGAGAAGGUGGAUCAUGGUUCCAGCAGUGAAGAUAAAAGUGAAUCACCAGAUAAUACAGAAGGAACUUCUGAACCUACUGGUCGCAAGAAACGCCGAAGAGGUCCACCUCGUUCUUGUAGGGCAUCAAAGAAAGAAAAGGAAACACGCAUAGAUGGGGGAAAAGUUCGCAUAUCGCUUGAGAAAAAAGAAGAUGGUGUCACCUUUGUAGAGGAUAACCAGCCAGAGGGUGGCGCAUUGUGGGAUAUAUUCCGACGGGAAGAUGUCAUCAAACUACAAGAUUAUCUAAUGAAGCAUUCCAUGGAGUUUAGGCAUUACAAUUAUGAACCAGUGAAGCAGGUUAUUCAUCCUAUACAUGAUCAGUGCUUUUACCUAACAAAUGAUCACAAGAGAAAGCUUAAGGAAGAAUAUGGAGUUGAGCCUUGGACAUUUGAACAGAAGGUUGGUGAUGCAGUCUUCAUCCCUGCAGGAUGUCCCCACCAAGUCAGAAAUUUGAAGUCAUGUAUGAAGGUCGCACUUGACUUUGUUUCUCCCGAAAAUGUUCAACAGUGCAUGAGGCUGACGGAAGAAUUUCGUCUGCUGCCAAAAGGGCAUAGGGUGAAUGAAGAUAAGCUAGAGAUUAAGAAGAUUGCUUUUCAUGCAAUCAAACAAGCAAUUGAUGAUAUCACCAAAAAGGAUGGCAAUGAAGAAGAGGUCCCCGAGAUGGUGAAAAGUGCAAAGCAAAAAACCAAAGCGAAAGGAAAAGGAAAGAGAGGAAAGAGAGGAACAGUAAAAGAACGCUGUAUUGAUGAAGUUUUAGACCAACCUAGUCCAAGCGAACCUGCAGAGAUGGAAGAGGGUAAAAAACUAUCAGCUCAAGCCAUGCCCGGAGCUGACAUGGAGGAGCGCCAGGAACAAACAGCUCCGUACAGGUCUGUAGUUGAAGAUGAAGCUGUAGAAACGAAAGAACACCUACAGAAAUCAGGUCAAGCCAUUUCUGAAGAUGAAGUUGCACCUGCAGAAAUGGAAGUGAAGUCGACUCAGCAGGGCUUGUCUGAAGUUAAAGGAUCUGCAGAAGUGAAGCAUGUUGCGAACUCUUGUGUUGGUCCUAGGGUCUACCCCAAGGGUCCAUGCAGCUCCAGUACAAGUCAGAUUCUGGUCUAUCGGCGUCGCCAGAAGGGUCUCAGCUUAGAUACAAGUCAGAAUCUGCCAAAAAAGAAGGGUCUCAGCUCAGAUACAAGUCAGAAUCUGCCAAAAAAGAAGAGUCUCAGCUCUAGUCCAAGUCGGAUUCAGGUCUAUGAGCGUCGUCGCAAGGCUCACAGCUCUGGCCAAGUCAAGUCCUAGCCAAGGAGGGUACAAUGUCGAUCUGGUUCAGUGGCCACUGAACCAGACGGCGGCCAGCAGGCCUUCCAGCUUUCUUCCAGCUCUGGCCAAGUCAAGUCCUAGACAAGGAGGGUACCAAACACUGAGACGAAGAGCUUUGUCGUAGCUAUUGUUUUGAUGUUUCUACCGCCUACCUGUAGCGCUACAUUAUCAAAUCGCUCAGCUUAGUUGCGGAUUUAUUUUGUCUACCUGUAGACUAUGAUCGAAUGAACGAAUGAAACAACCUGAUUAUUUUGGAUUUUAUACUAGUGUGGCAGCGGCUUGAUAUAGUAACUUGUAUGCUGGAUUU